CCUCCAGCCAGCGCCUGGGACGGGGCCGCCGCUCCGCCCUCUCGGCUGCUCCGCGGCUCCGCGGGCGGGCAGCCGGCCGGGAGCAGAGCAGAGCCGUGCGGCGCGCACCCCGUCGCGUCCGCCGUGCCCGUCCAGCGCAGCCUCUCGCCGGCUGUAUGCUCCAGGCCUCAAUGAGGAGCCCAAACAUGGAGACGUUCAAACAGCAGAAGGUGGAGGACUUUUAUGACAUCGGAGAGGAGCUGGGCAGCGGCCAGUUUGCCAUUGUGAAGAAGUGCCGAGAGAAAAGCACAGGGCUGGAGUACGCGGCAAAGUUCAUAAAAAAGCGGCAGAGCCGGGCCAGCCGGCGGGGCGUGAGUCGGGAAGAAAUCGAGCGGGAGGUGAGCAUCCUGCGGCAGGUGCUGCAUCCCAACGUCAUCACGCUGCACGACGUCUUCGAGAACCGCACCGACGUGGUGCUCAUCCUGGAGCUAGUGUCGGGAGGAGAGCUCUUUGACUUCCUGGCCCAGAAGGAGUCGCUGAGUGAGGAAGAGGCCACCAGCUUCAUCAAGCAAAUCCUGGAUGGUGUGAACUACCUUCAUGCCAAGAAGAUUGCUCACUUUGAUCUCAAGCCAGAAAACAUUAUGUUGUUAGACAAGAAUAUUCCCAUUCCACACAUCAAGCUGAUUGACUUUGGCCUGGCUCAUGAAAUAGAAGAUGGAGUUGAAUUUAAGAACAUUUUUGGGACGCCAGAAUUUGUUGCUCCAGAAAUUGUGAACUACGAGCCACUGGGACUGGAGGCUGACAUGUGGAGCAUAGGCGUCAUCACCUACAUCCUCCUAAGUGGAGCAUCCCCUUUCCUGGGAGACACGAAGCAGGAAACGCUAGCAAAUAUCACAGCCGUGAGUUAUGACUUUGACGAGGAAUUCUUCAGCCAGACCAGCGAGCUGGCCAAGGACUUCAUUCGGAAGCUUCUGGUUAAAGAGACCCGGAAACGGCUCACAAUCCAAGAGGCUCUCCGACACCCGUGGAUCACGCCGGUGGACAACCAGCAAGCCCUGGUCCGCAGGGAGUCUGUGGUCAACCUGGAGAACUUCAAGAAGCAGUAUGUCCGCAGGCGAUGGAAGCUCUCCUUCAGCAUCGUCUCCUUGUGCAACCAUCUCUCCCGCUCCCUGAUGAAGAAGGUGCACCUGCAGCCAGAUGAGGAUCUGAGGAAUUGUGAGAGUGACACAGAGGAGGACAUCGCCAAGAGGAAAGCGCUCCACUCCCGGAGGAGGAGCAGUACCUCCUAGCUGGCCCGGCUCUCUCUGCGCAGACUCUGGGUCCCCUCUCGUUACCAGUGCCCAGGCAUUCUGUAUCCCUGAACACUUUGCAAGACAGAUGGGCCUGCGGAAUUCAGAAGACUUUAGGGAGGAGCAAGGAGCCCCUGGGAGCAGU